AUGAACCAUGGAGGAGUGCGGAUAAAAAAUGCUCGCGAAACUUAUGUUGACCAGUUACCGCAUGGUCGAGGAUUGACGGGAUAUAUGAAUAAGAAGCGAAAGCCUUUCACUCAUUUGAAUACAACCGAUGACUUUGAUCUUGGAUAUCGGAGCACGCCGGAUUAUUUACGGCAACUAGCACAACAAGAUUCUUCCAUACCAACUGAAUUACUCUUAGCAAGAAAUGUUCCUCGCACGAAAAGUGCCAGUGAAAUGACUCCAAGAAAUAAUGUCAGUCGGUCAACAAUGGGAAAUCCGAAAUAUAAAGCACAGGAAGAUUAUUACGAUGAAAUACAAUCAUUGAAACAGGAAAUGAAAACAUUACGAGAAGAAAAUAGUAAUUUUCGAGCCAAAAUUCGACGCUUGGAGGAAGAUAAUGCUCGGAAGAUAAAAGAGAUCGAUGCUCUGUAUAAUACGAAUAAAGAUGGAGAUCUUCGAAGAACGUUAACCGGCUCAUCGACUGAUCGAAACAAUAAUAACUCCUCAACUGCGAGUGUUGUUAUGAGCUUGAAACAACGAGUAUUCAAAUUGGAGGGUCAAUUGAAGCAGAAAGAAACAACGAUUGAUGAAAUGAAAAGCGAUCCAAGAUGGACGAAAAGUACUGAAUUCGAAAUGCAAAAUCGUGCUCUGUUCAGUGAAUUGGAAAGACAAAAAGUAGCCCGAUUGAACUACAUUCAACAAAAUGAUUAUAUGGCGACGUUAGAUGAAGAGCAAAAGAAUGCUGUACGAAAAUUAAAUCGAGAGAAGGACGAAUUAAAAAAAGAAAACGAGAAUUUGAAGAAGAAAUUGGAAGAUCCUGAAAAAGGAGGUCGUGGUGAACCAACAUCUGUGCGUUCAUCAGAUCGUGGUAAUGACUCGAAACUUCAACACAAGAUUGAUAGUCUUCAGAAAGAUUGUGAACAUUACGAGCACGAACUUGAACAGAUGAGAGAUGAUUUGAACCAGAUGCGUGUAAAACGUGAUCAGUUUCGAGAUAAGUACGAUCAAGCCAAUGAAGAUCUCGCAGAAGUCAAACGUGAUCGCGAUCAACUUCGUAAACGACUCGAUGAAGCCAAAGACGAACUGGAGAGAUAUACAAAGCAGAAGCCGACUGGUCGUUCAUCGCCCAUAUCUCGAUACGAUGAUGAAAUACAUGGCAGUCCGAAACUGAAGUCGGCGUUUCAUAGACCUCAAUCACCCAUGGACGGAAAACGAACAACACCGCCAUUGAAAGCUUCCGCAAGAAACAUGCAUAAUAACAGUUGGACUGCAGAUGAUGACAGACGUGUGAAAAAUUUCCGAGAAAAACGGGCUGCUACUGUCAUUCAACGAGGAUGGCGGCAUCAUAAUAAAUCAGAAAAAAAUAAAGCACGUGAUUUCACGAGAGCAAGACAAGAAAAUGCGGACAAAAGGGGUUCAAGAAUCGGUUCGCCAGGGAGACCAUCAGAAACGAUACCAUCACCACGUGCAAGUGCCAAUUUUGAAAGACCUGGUAGUGGUGCGCCAAAAAAUCGGCCAUCAUCAGCAAAUCAUUCUCAAGACUCUGCUUUGAGAACGGUUCAAGCUUCAUUGCGUGGACAUUUAAAUCGGAAUGAAAUUGGCAAAAAUCAAGAUCGCUCCUUCGAUAUUCCAGCUAGAUCACAAUCUCCUGCUCGCUUAACGAGACCACGACCAGUUGGAAAUGACGACGACGAUGACGACGAUAUCGUUGUUACAUCAAGAACCUCGCCGACAAAAUUUUCGUCUGAGAAAUUUCGACAAGAAUCUCCUGAUCGACCAAUUGGAUCUUCAAAACAAUCAUUGCGCAAUGAUAAGAGUGAAUACAAUAACCGAGAUCCUCUGGAAAAAUUUAGAAAAUCUCCUACGCCGUUCGACGUUCGACCUCAGUCACCAGUUGCAGGCAAAAUCGGUGGUUCUAAACAAGAUCUUCCCAGUGAUCGAAACAAAUUGGGAUCCGGCAGUCGAAUAUCGCAGAAUGAUCAGGGAUCAGCAUGGAAAUCGCGUCGUCCAGUAUCUCCACCAAACGACAAUCCUCGAGCGCAAUCACCGGCCCUCGUUAGAAAUCGUGAUUCUGCUCAAGAUAUGCAAAGUGAUCGACAGAAAUUUGGAAGUGGCACUCGGAUGUUAGCGAACGAUCGCGAUUCGCCUGCGAUGCGUCGACCUGCUUCUCCGCCAUCUGACGAUCGUCGACCUUCAACGCCGCCCGUCGGUAAAACUAAUAGUUCUAGAACAAGUCUAUCGAACGAUGGAAGUAAACUUGGUUCAGGUACUCGAAUACGACCCACCGAACGUGAUUCCGCUUCAAAAUUAGCACGUCCUUCUUCUCCGUUAGAUGAUCGUCGGCCAGCUCGUCCAAUCACACCGGAAAAUCCCUAUCCAGCCGCAAGAAAAAGUCCCAGUAAUUCUAAACAAUCGCUAAAAAACAUAACUGAACAUGACGACGACGAUGAUGUUUUCUAA